AUGAUUAAAUAAGGUAAAUGUAAGGAUACUGCAGUUUUAAGGACGCUCAUCAACACUCAAGCAUAAAAUUUUGCUACUAAGAGAUUGUUGAAGGAUCUCAAUAUCAUUGAGAAGGAGUCCAUUCCCACAGUGGGAGUUACUGCUCGACCCCUUGAACACGACCUCUUUGUUUGGCAUGCCAAUAUCCGAGGUCCAGUUGGAACUCCAUAUGAAGGUGGAAUCUUUCAUUUUGAACUCUUGAUACCUGAAUCUUAUCCACAUUAACCCCCCAAAAUCAAUCUAUUCACAGAACUGCCUCAUCCCAACGUGUUUGGCAAUUCUAUUUGUCUUGACUUACUCCAGGCAAGAAAACCAGAAGAUAAAGAUAAGUAAUCAGGAUGGUCAAGUGCAUACACUAUCUAAUCAAUAUUGUUAUAGUUAUCAGCCUUCUUGUUCGAAGAACAGAUAACUGAGAAGAAGGAGAAACAACUGGCCCAAAUUAAGAAGGCAGUUUAGGCUGCUAACAAUUUUAAAUGUACAACCAAGAAUUGUAAACAUGGAGGCAAGCUCUCGUUGUGGCCUCAAUUCAACACUAAGGAAAAUGAUGAAUAGUAAUUUAUUAAUAAAGCCUCAGAGUAAGAAUUGUUGGAAUAAUAAUUCCUCUGUUUCCACACUAAAUUAAGUUACAGAAAACCACAAACACCACAAUUCGAAGAUGAAACCAAGAUCAAGUAAGAAAGUUGUCUAGGAAUCCUGUUGAAUGUAUCUAAGGUGCCUAGGACUGGCUCAAUCAAAUAAGCAGUUCCAUCUUUAGAUUAUGUCUCAAUCAAAGCCUUUUUAAAUGAGGGAUUGAAGUGGGACUCAUUGAAUCUAUCCUAUACUCAUUGGUUGCCUCUUUAUUUUGGCAAGACUGAUAAUAAAGAGAGAGUAUUGCAUCUCCUCUAAAGAUCAUUGUCUAUGAUAAUGACCAACAACACUAAAAGGUUCAAGCCUGAAUUCGUUUUGGAAGUAUUUCCAAAGAUCACACAGAGCAUUGUCCAUGGAAUGAUGGCCGAAAAGACUCAUGCAUCAAUUAGAUGUCUAAGAGUGCUGGCUUAAGUUCAUGCCUUAUGGUUAUUGUGUAUGGAAGAAUGGCCUUAACUCUAUUAGUAGGUGGAUGCAAUUAUUCACAAAUUCAUUACUGAUGAGAAGAGUAGAACUAAAGAACAUACUCCCAAUCUUGGUAUCUUAUUCAAUUUGCUCUAUGUAUCUAAAAAGUACACUUUUUCAGAUUUAGUUUAAUCCUAUACAGCAGAGUAAUUAGACAGAUAAGUAUUUUGGUUAUUGAAGGAAAUCCCAGAAUUGGCUGAUGAGAAAUUGGAAGGUGCAAUCAGUGCUACAAAGAGAGUCGAAAUCACAUUUAAAUAAUAAUCAACUUCAUUUUAAAUGGGUUGUUUCUAAUACAUAUAUCUAUCCUAUGUUGUUUAACCAUUGAAGACUUAGAAGGAGAUCUUGGAGAGAUUCGACAAAAACUAUUGUUUGUUAACUACUGGUAUUGAAAAUGGAAUCCAAGAAAAAAUCUUUGAGGCUUUCAAACGAGUAGUCAAUUACGAUGGGUUCUAUGAUUUCAUUGGAUAAGAAAAGAAAUCAGUUGAAGAAUUGAAUCAAUUGUUAAAACAAGCUGUAAAGAACUCUAAAGAAAAGAAGUAUCAUGGCACAGUUGAGGAGAUGAAUUAAUUGCCACCAGCAAUUGAUUAAGUAAAACAAUAUUAAAAAAAAUACUCUAGAAUAUAAGAUUUCUAUGUAAUCACUAAAAAGGAAGAAGAUAAAAAAUAAAUUAAAUACGACACUGAAGUUAAAUAGAAUAUUGAUUGGAAAUAAGAAUUGUGCAAGAGAUGGGAUUGGAUUGAUGAGUAAUUGAAGUGGAAUUCUGAGUUAAAUGCUACUGAAUUGGCUCAAUAAUCCAAUUAUAGAGUGUUGAAUGGGUUUGGUCUCAAGCCUGAGGAUAGACUCUAUAGUAAGAUCGAAACCUUUAGGAACUAACAUCAUUCUAUCAAAUAUCAGGAUGAUUUCCCUAAGCAUACUUGGCAAUAACUAUACAUGAAGUUAGAUUUUGAGUAAUUCUUACUUCAAUUUGAUUCUUGUCCUGAUUUCCAAAGCUUUUAUGAGAAAGUCACAAUCAUCAAAGAACAUUUAGUAGAUUUGGUUCUUGUAUUGAUUCACAUUAAAACUGUGUCAUCAGGAUACUAUUACAUUACUGCUGCAUUAGACUAAUUUACUAAAUUGAUUAGAUUGACUCUGACUGGAUAAGAUUAGUUGGGUAGCAUUAUAUUCCCAAAGAAAGCUGCUAAAUCAAUUUACAAGGGGUUGAACAAUUUAAGCAAAUAAUAAAACAGUCUAUCAAUUAUUGAGAUCAAUAAAUUAGGUUUUUCAGGAAAUCAACUAGAAAUCACAGAGUCCAUCUUUGGAGUGUUAUGUCAAUUUUAAAAUCAGAUCAGAUCUCUUACAAUUGAAAACACUGAUUUGUUGACUUUAAGUAAUGCUGCAAAGACAGUGGGAGCAAUAAUCACUUCAUUUAGACACCUUGAAUUUUUGAAUUUGAAAGGAUCAAUCCGUAAUGCUAACAUAGCCAAAGAAAUCACUGAUGGUUUGAUGAGAGCAAAACAAUUGGUAACUGUGGAUUUGUCUGCAAACAAUUUAGCAACUGAAAAGGGAUUGGCAUCAAUUGUCUAUAAUUUGAGUUUCUCACCCAAGUUGACAUUCUUAGACAUUUCAGGAUGCGGAUCAAUCACAUCAGUUGAAUUGGUGGAAAGCUUAUACAAGUUGUUGAGAAUCACAGCCAGUUUAGAACAUCUAAAUUUGGAGAGAUUGUCUUGUUUGAAUUUAACUAAGGAAUUCUUUGUAGCAUUGGGUGAAAGUAGAACUUUAAAAACAUUGAAUCUUAAUGCCAUAGGAGAAUUCAAUGAUCAAAAAUUAGAAUAGUUAGGUAAAGCAAUAGCCUUUAAUGCAUAAAAGGGAGGAUAAUUAACCAUUAUUAAUUUAAAUUAUGAUGGAAUAAACUAUCAAAAGUUAAAGAAAUUGGUGGAAAGCAUGGCAAUUUCUAAUCAUGAUCAUGAGGUUUGGUAUGGAGAUGCCAACAAAGCUAGUAAAAUGACAGGAGAUGAUUAUAAGAAAGUGUUUAAAUGCAAUCUCUAGUCUCUUGAUAUUAAGGUAUCUGCAUUCAAUUCCAAUUUUGAUAUCAAUCAUUACAAGAGUCAAUAUAAGGCUAAGAAUGAAUUGUAAAACAUUUUCGAGAAGAAUCCAAAUCUCUUAGAUCUAAACUUUGCUGAGAAACAAUUUACCAAGAAGGAUAUGGACUUAUUGUCUGAAAUGGUACAUUAGAAAUAAAUUAAAUUGAAAGUCUUAAAUUUGAGUAGAAACAGUUUAAAUAAAGAAGGAGCCAAGGUUUUAAGCGCUUUCUUGGAAUCAAACACCACUUUGGAAUUCUUAGAUUUGUCAGGCAAUAAGGUUGGUGUCUCAGGUGGUAAGAGCAUUGCUUUAGCAUUAAGAAAGAACUCAACACUUAAGAAAUUGAAUCUCUUUUUCAAUCUUAUUGGAUUCGAUGGGGCCAAGGAAUUUGGAACAACAUUCAAAGUCAAUACUACAUUAGAAUUUGUCGAUCUAGGCAACAAUAGAAUUAGAAACAAGGGAUUAUUGGCAAUUACAGAUGGGUUGAAUGAGAACAAGUAAUCUAAAGUAUCUACUCUUGGGUUAAGAUUCAAUUUCUUGUCUGAGGAUGGCAUUUUGAAUUUGAUAAAGAAGACUAAUUUACAAGAGAUCUUCAUCAAGAAUAAUUCCAUUACUGAUUAUGGUUUGUAUUGUUUAAAGAAAGGAUAUGAUGAAUUGAAAUCUAAUGUCAGAAUUGAUUUGUUCUCCAAGUUGAUUUAAGUUGAAGAGGGUAGACUUGAAAGAACUGCUUGGAUUCAACCUCCCUUCGGUAUCCCAGACAUCAUUGCUUUCUUCAAUAAAUUUGAAGUGGGAGUCAUUCUAGAUGCAAGAUUUAGAAAGGGAUAGAAGUAUGAAAAUCGUAAGGUGCAACCAAAUCAUUUCAAUUUCGUUGAGUUUGCUGAUCCAAACAGUUUGAACAGAUCACUAGCCUUAGCCUCAACCAACUAGGCCGUCAUCAAUGGCAGAGCAUUUAGAAUUUAUAAGGCUGGAACAGGCACCUUCAUAUAUUUGAAAAAGAGUGCAAAGUAAAAGAAGGCUGAGAGUUCGAAAACCAACACCCUGUAGACCAAAUUACCUGCUGGCUAAGCUGCAAGAGGUAGAGGAAGAGGCAGAGGAAGAGGUAGAGGCAGAGGAAGAGCUUGAAAAUAUAAUAAAAAUCAUACAUAUAUAAGAAAACAAUAAUUGUAAACACACAUUUCUAA